GCGGGUCCAAUAUCUACGCUGCUGCCUGCCUGCCAGUGAGCCCCCACUCAUCCACCGUGCCGCGAAGAGAAACACAGUUCCCAUGCCAUUAAUAUUUACAUUUCCCGAACCCCGCCAACCUGGUGGAUCGGGGAGGGAACACAACACGUUCACCCCGCAGCAUGCGCUGUACACGUUUUUCCCAAUUGAAAGGGACGACCCAUUUGCGCGAGAACCACCAGUGGAAGGAAGAACUGUCAUGCCCCGACUUGGCACGGUGAUCAUGAACAUUGCUCCAGGUGGGUAUUACGUGUAUGUUAUCGCGGAGGCACUUACAUAUCCGGAGCUACGCAUCCUUUCGAACGGUAUGAUUAUCACUGGUGGGGAGUCAAAUAUGUCCGUCCCGUCGGAAAUUGUCUGCACGGAACUCGGGACCGGACAGUGGCCAGGUCACUUAUGGGACUUAUUUCACCCUGCGUCACCACGGUACCCGGUACAUAUGUGCAAGACUUUCGUGAACGGGGAUGUAGCUACGCCGCCCGUUCGGACACAUUGGCACGCGAGCUAUUCAGUCGUCGCUGAGCACACGCAUUUCGGCUACCAAGUGAAUGAUGAACGAGUAUUAUAUCUUUCCUUAUCUUACUCCUGCAGGAUCGAAGAGGGCGAGGAGAAACAUGACAUGUACACAUACGAGCCAAUGAUGAUGGCCAUGUGA